CAGCAUUGCAGACGAACACUUCGCACUUUGUAAACACUUCACUAUCCAAAAAUCAGAAUUUAAAUGAUUUAUACCUUUGUCCUUUCGUUGUUUGGCAAUCCUCCAUGAAUAUUUUAUGACAUUGCUAUCGGGGCGUUUCCAAAGUCCGAAGUAUGAAAAUUUUUGGGUUCACCAUGGUGUUACACUAGCAUUCAUAUAGAAGAGACUAUCCGUGCAGUGUAAAAUUUUAAACUGUACACGAGAGACCCACCAUGUGUAUUUUAUUUGUUUAUGUGAAUCCAAACCCUGAACCUGGGGGUUACAAAAUAAUUCUAGCAAGUAAUCGGGACGAAUCGCUGUCUAGGCCUGCUCUACCUGCACAUGAAUGGUUGCCAAACCAUGGUGGAGUAUAUGGAGGAAUUGAUAUGCAACCUGGUAAAGAAGGUGGGACUUGGUUGGCUAUGAACAAACAUGGAAGAAUUGGUGUUCUUUUAAAUGUUGGACAAAGUUACAGUGAAACAGCUGUUAUUGCUGACCCAUCUUCUGGAAGAGGUUUUUAUGCAGUUGAAUGGGUCACGAAUAUGAAAAAGGAUAUGCAAGGAAUAUUCGAUAUCGUUAAAGAGAAACAUGGAAACCGUGAACAGACCUUUAGACUUGUCGCAUUUGAUACAAAUAGGGAACCGAAAGUAGGAACGCUUACUUACGCGGGUAGUAAGUAUGAUGGAUUUCUCGAGGAAUUUCUGCCUCCUGGAAUACAUGCAUUGGGAAAUAAUGCCCCUGACAUUACUUGGAAUAAGGUAGUCAAUGGGAAAAAGGAAUUUGAAUCCAUCAUUAAAAAAACUGUUUCAUGGAACAACAGACAAGACCUUUUAGACUCUCUUAUUAGGCUGUUGGGAAGCAAGGAAAAACAUUGGCCAGAUCCUGGAAUUGUACAACAGAUGAAAGGUUCAGAUUUCGUUAUGGAAUGUUUAAGUGCCAUAUUUGUGGACAUUUCUAGGUUUUAUGGGACCAGAACACAAACUGUGAUUUUAGUCAGUUCUGAGAACGAGGCACUAUUUUACGAAAGAACAAUGGAAGGUGCUCCGGGCAAUCAACCAGUUGCUUGGAUUGAAAACCACCAUGCAUUUAAUUUAGAAACCGAGUAAAUUUCCUAUUGAUGUUACCCAACAGGAUAGAGGAAUAAAUCGUUAAAUGUGCCGCUCGA